AUGCAAUCCACUUUUCCAAAAAAAACUACGUGGCUAAACCUAGACCAACCUCCCGUUUGUGUUAUCUUCUCUCCCCUCUUAAAAUGCAGAGGCAUGUGCAGAGGGAAGAAGUAAAGGAAGGAUGGAUCAAGUGGUGAGAAACAGAGAAGUGGUACUACUUUCCUAUUCCAGUGAAGGGCCUGUCACAGAGGACAAUCUGAAAAUCAGAGAAACCCAACUGAACUUAAAUGCAUGUAAAGAAGGGGAAGUUGUUGUGAAGAAUACGUGGGCCUCAGUGGAUCCAUAUCUCAGAUGGCUUAUGAAAGAACCCAACACGGCACUCUAUAUGGACAGCUUCAAAUUAGAUCAGACCAUCACUGCACUCAUGGUUGGAAAAGUAGUUCUUUCGGCCAAUCCUGAGUUUAAAGUGGGUGAUGUGGUCACUGGGGUGUAUGAAGUGUCUGACUACAGCAUAGUAGGAGGAUCAAAAUUAAGAAAAAUUGACACCAAUCUGGCUAAACCUUCUGAUUAUUUGGGGCCUCUCGGCAUGAUAGGGUUGACUGCUUGGGUGGGUUUACUGCUAAUUGGAGAGCCUAAACCUGGAGAUGAGGUGCUAGUUUCUGCUGCAGCAGGGGCAACGGGACUUAUAGUGGGACAGUUGGCUAAAAUCAAAGGGUGUCGUGUUGUUGGUAGUGUUGGUACUGAUCAAAAGGUGAAGAUGUUGAAAGAAGAAUUUGGAUUUGAUGAUGCCUUCAAUUACAAGACAGAGACAGAUUUGGAUGCAACACUGUCCAAGUACUUUCCAAGAGGAAUAGACAUUUACUUUGAAAAUGUGGGAGGGCAAAUGCUAGAGGCUGUUCUCAACCACAUCAAUAUGAAUGCUAGGAUCCCUCUAUGUGGAAUGAUCUCUCAAUAUAACCAAGAUUGGAAGGAAAGUUAUGGAGUGAGAAACAUUUUUACCUUGACAGGAAAAUGUGCGAAAAUGCAAGGCUUCCUUGUACAUCAGCAUUUCCAUCGUAUGGAGGAAUUUGCAAAGGAGGUGGGAGGGUAUAUGCAACAAGGUAAAAUCAAAUUCAGAGAAGAUGUGACACAGGGAAUAGAGAACUUCUUGGAAGCAUUCAAUUCUCUGUUUACUGGGGGAAAUACAGGAAAAGCUCUUGUUCAAUUCAAAGCCGACUAAUAAGAAAGAACAGUGUGUUUUUCUCAUCUGGAAAUGUGAUCAGAACUUUCCGGAAAGCUUUCUAUCACACUGGAAAAUUUGUAUAGGAGAAUGAAACUUUCUGUGUGCUAUAUAAGUUUCUAAUAUUAUCUUUUAUUUGAAUUA